AUUAUUUGUGGUGUAUGUCUAUAAUCCAUAAUUUUAAAAAAGAAUGACAUUAAAUUCAACGAUAUUUUGCAAUGCACCGCACAUGACAGCUCAGCGAUGCUUUCGGUAUACCACGAUACUGCCUUACCUAGAGAAAUUAACAGACAAGACAGGAUUUCAACUUAAAAAAACAUGGCGGCUUCCGAUGACAUUUCCGGUUUUGGUUAGCCGGCACGUUGUGUUGUUACGGGUGUCCUGGGGAGCAGGAAACUCACCCGCGGUGUGGAGUAUCAGCCGUAAGUUUUGUUCCUGUGGUGAUCGCAAGAAAUUUCUCGGAAAAUUCAGUGAAAGGUGUCCAUACCUCGUGCCGUAAAAUCGUCAACGGGUUCUCGAAGAGUUUAAAGUGAAUACUCAAGAGGUUCUACAACGGAUCAUAAAGUAAAGUACUUGUUGUUCCCAAAAUGUCUCGGUUUUUCGCACGAAGCGACUCCGAGUCGGAGACGGAGUCGUCAGAGGAUGAGCAGCAGGUGAUCGCAAAGGCUCAGACGCAGGCUGCUGCUGCCUUUGGCCUUUCGGACGAUGAAGAUGAUGUCAAGCGUGUCGUACGGUCCGCCAUUGAAAAGAGAUAUGAAGAACUUACAGAACUGAUAAAGCAAAUCCGUAAUCACAAGAAAAUCAAGGACAUGGCCAAAAUUCUUAGCACUUUUGAGAACCUUACUCAGGCCUUUACGAAGGCAAAGCCGGUCAUUGACAAGGAGGAAGGCGGAAAAGUGCCCUGUUUCUACAUCCGGAUCCUUGCCGAGAUCGAGGACUUCAUUAUGGAGUGCUGGGAGGACCGGGAAGCUCGUAAGAGUAUGAGCAAAAACAACUCGAAGGGUCUAGCAACUUUACGCCAACGAAUCAAAAAGUAUAACAAGGAUUUUGAAAAAGAAAUCGCUGCGUGGAAAGCCAACCCCGUUGAGGAUGACGCGGAUGAUAAAGCUGACGCUGGCGCUGGGUCUGAAUCGGAGGAGUCAGACUCGGAAUCACAGGAAGAACAGAAGCGUAUCGAGACCAAGGAAACAAAGAAGAAGGAUGCGCUCAAAUCUCUGAUGAAAAGCGAUAAAGAAAAGGAUACUGGUUCGGAGGAUGAUUCUGAAGAUUCGAUGGACUGGGGCAGUUCCGACGACGAGACCACAUCAUCGGACAGUGAUGACGAUAAAUAUGCAGGAAAUCUGGCUGCCAAAUUCUUGAAGCGUGUUGGUCCAGGUGCCGAAAAGGAGGACAAGGACAAGGAACGGAAGCGUAAGGAGAAAAAGGAGAGUCAACGAAAACGCCGUCGCGAAGGGGAGGAAGAUGAUGGCGAGGGCUGGGAGGAAGUCGUCGGAGGCGUACCUAUGCAAGUUGAGAAACCGAAGAUGUUUGCCAAAGACGCCGAAAUCAAUCACCAGUCCGUUCUAAAGAAGCUUAACGAAAUUGUGGCAGCCCGUGGUAAGAAGGGCACUGAUCGCAAUGAACAGAUUGCCAUGUUGUCUGAACUCCUGUCGAUAGCAGACCAGAACAACCUGGGAGCCGCGUUCCAAGUGAAGAUCAUGUUCGCGAUUAUCUCGGCCCUCUUUGAUUACAACCUGAAGAUCGCGCCGUGUAUGAAGCAAGAGAUGUGGCAUAAGACGCUCAGCUACAUUAACCAGAUCCUUGAUGAUCUGUUUGAGUUUGCUGAUAAGCUGACUAUCGGAGAGAAUAUCCUCGAGGAAAAUGAAGUCCUUAAUGAAGAACCGUAUAAGGUGAAGGGCUGCAUUCUGACGGUGAUCGAGAAGAUGGACGAGGAGUUCACGAAGAUUCUGCAAAACGCUGACGCUCAUUCGCCCGAAUAUAUUGAAAGGCUCAAGGAUGAGAUCACCGUGUGCAAGAUCAUUGACCGGCUGCAGGAAUAUUUGGAGAGUCGUGGUUCACACUCAGAGCUUUGCCGAGUCUACCUUCGUAAGAUCGACCACGUCUAUUAUAAAUUUGAUUCGCGUGUUCUUGAGAAUAAGGACGCUAAGGUACAGGAUAAGAACAAGGAGAAUUCGGCUCAGUUAAUGGGCCGCUUGUGCAAAUUCAUCUACGCUAAGGACUCGACUGACCGCAUUCGAACACAGGCUAUUCUCUGCCACAUCUACCAUUCGGCGCUGCAUGAUUGUUGGUAUGAGGCACGCGAUCUUAUGCUCAUGUCACAUCUUCAAGACUCAAUCCAGUGUGCUGAUGUUGCUACUCAAAUACUAUAUAAUCGCGCGCUCGUACAACUUGGACUAUGCGCUUUCCGUCACGGCAACAUCCGCGACGCCCACAACGCCCUGCUCGAUAUCCAAUCCGGAGGUCGUGCCAAGGAGAUGUUGGCACAAGGUCUGUUGCCACAGCGUCAGCAAGAGCGCACAACGGAACAAGAGAAGAUUGAGAAACGGCGUCAGAUGCCGUUUCAUAAACACAUAAACUUGGAGCUGUUUGAGUGUGUCUACCUCGUAUCUGCCAUGUUGCUUGAGAUUCCUGCAAUUGUUGCCCAUGAGCUAGACGGCCGCAAGCGAAUGAUUUCAAAAAGUUUCCAUUACCAGCUCCGCAACACGGAACGCCAGGCGCUAGUCGGCCCGCCAGAGAGCAUGCGUGAGCACGUGGUUGCUGCCAGCAAAGCGAUGCGCGUCGGCAACUGGCGAGCCUGCCGAGCCUUUGUUAUCAACGACAAGAUGAACGCCAAAGUCUGGGAUCUUUUUCAUCGAGCCGAUGAAGUCCGCACAAUGAUCGAGCAAAAGAUUAAGGAAGAGUCGCUUCGCACCUAUCUCUUCAUGUAUUCGUGCGUCUACGAUUCGCUCUCUCUGCGAACACUAGCAUCACAAUUCGAGCUCGAGUUCGCUGGCGUACACUCGAUCGUGUCGAAGAUGAUUAUCAGUGACGAAUUGGCUGCCAGUGUCGAUGAGCCGAACCAAUUAAUCGUGAUGCACCGCUCGGAGCCAACACGGAUCCAAGCUCUCGCCCUUCAGCUGACUGACAAGGUGACCCAACUGAUGGAACACAACGACAAGCUCUGGGACGUCAAACAGGGCGCCUACUUCGGUCGACCGGGUGGCCACCAAGGCGGCUAUCGGGACAAUCGAGGAGAUCGUGAUGGGGGCUAUAAGGACCGCCGGGGUGGAGAUUACCGCGGGGAAGGUGAACGCCAAUGGGGCGGUAACAGGGGACACCGCAGAGAUCGCGGCGAACGCCGAGACCGAGAUCAUCACCGGGGUCACCACGACGGAAACCGCCGUGGAGAUCGCGACCGCGAUCAUCGAGGAGAACGUGAUAAUCGAGACAUGCAGCACACUUACCGUCACGAACAGGCCGCAUAUUGAUUAUAAACAUCGCUGUGACGACUACUAUGACUCCUAGAGCGGAGACUAAGAAAUCUGACAACUUUAUUAUAAAAUAAAAUAAUUAUUGUUUUGGUGGCGGCUGGUAUCAGUCGUGAUAAUGACUAGCUGGCUUGGACAUAGCAGGGGAGCAUUUUUCACGUCGGCCAUGUCUCCUACGAAUUAGAAGGUCGCAAAAACAGGUGUAAAAGAGCGCCAAUUUUUAUCUGGGGUUGUCUUCAGUAGACAUGAUGAUUUACACGAUGGCGAUAAUUGUGGAUCGAGGCACCCGAGCUAAGCAAACCGGUUUCCCAGUUUGUGGCUACUGGGGGACACAUUUUUGCCACUGGUAAAAAUAUAUAUAAAUAAAAAUAUUAAAUCUAUAUCUAAGUGUA